AUAGAAUAACAUUGCAGCAGCAAGCUGAAGAUGAAGCAGUGAAGAAGGCUAUUGAUGAGAGUUUAUGUUAUUUUUAGAUUAUGCCGUGGCUCCCCACAUGCUGGAUAGAAAUUGAAUAGAUAAGUAAAUUUUACACUGUUUUCAUUUAUAUUACAGUAUCAAAGUUUAACAUUUUUGCCAGUUUAGGAAAAAUGCAUUUAUGUUUAAUUGAGUUAAGUAAUUCAAAAAGUAAUGUUCAUACUUAUUUGCACCAUCACCAGUCUGAUUAAAAAUUAUAAUGUUAUUUUCAGAAUUGUUAAGAUAUCGUAUUUUAUAUGUGAUUAUUUUGUAAUGUACAUAUUAGUAGUGUUCUAUUACUUUAGAUACUAUAGAUAAAUUUGACUUAAAGUUCGACAGGUUUUUGUAAACACAGGUGGAACUCAAGUGAAGUAGAUAGAGCAGGCAAACUGAACUGAUGGAACUCUGUCUUAUUUUAAUUUAGGAACCAAACUUUUUCUAACACUAAUGUUAAACAUUACCAUGCCAGUAUUACAUAAUAAUUACACAAGGAAAUGUAAUAUAUUUCUUUUCUUCAAACUAUUUCAGCAUACCAAUACUAACAAAGAUGUUGGAUUGAUAAAAUACAAGGAAGAUAUGGUUUGCAGUAAUUCGUUUGAGAUGGAUAAUAACCCAGAUCACCUAGAGGCAUUGGAUAUUGGCCAUCCAAUAAACAAUGAGUCAAAUUCUGUAAUGGUCCAUGGAAGCACAAUUUAUUUGAAGAGAGACCCUCUUAUUGUACUUGACAAAUUAAGCCAAGAUAUUCUCAGCAGCUGUUCAGAGUCAGGUUUUGUUUUUUGUUCACAAGUGGAUUCUGUGAGUUUGACACCUUUAAAUAGCCAAAAAUAUGGCACAAGUCAGACCUCUGGGAUUACCACAAGCCCUGUAUUUCCAAAAAGAAAAAAUGAGGAGAAUUUUUUGCAAAGUGAGAGUAGCCUUGCUAUUUUAAAUGAAGGUGAUAAAAGCGACACAUUGCCAAAUAAAGUUCCCAGCACUAAUGAAGAAAGCUGUUUGUUUCCUAAAAAUAGAAGAAACUGUGACUACCAUUUUAUUAUGACCAAAGAGCAAAUAGGAGAUUGGGGUGCUUCUAAGCAGGAAGAAACUGUUAAUGAUUCUGGUAAGAAUGAAAAGUCUUUAAAGUGGAGAGAGAGACUACAGUACAAGCGACGCUUAUCAAGAAUGACAGAGGAUGAGCUGGUGGCCUUGGCAAUGAGAAUGAGUGAGCAAGAAACCAAGCAAAUGAUGCAGCAACCGAAUGAAAGCAAUAGUGAGGAGGACACAUGGAAGUCUUUAAAAGCGAGUCUCUGUGAAAAAAGAAACAGCUGUAUAAAUGAUCAUGAAGGAGUGUCCCAUCUGUUAGAAAACAGUAGCUUCUCCAGCUCUUCAGACUCUGAAUCUCUGCCUAAAAGUACAGGUAUAUCGCAUCAUCAGCAGAACUGUGAGCGAAGUCCUUGUCUUCUUUUGAAGAAGCUAAGCAAUGACAUUGUUGGCAGUUGUAAGGAAUCGGGAUUUGUUAUAUGUUCUCAGGAUAUGCCUUUAUCCACAUCUCUGCCUUUAAGUUCACAGUCCUCCCUGAUUAAAGAUUGGUCAGCACACAAGAGCCCUACGUUCUCUAAAAGCAGUUCAUCAAGAAAAAGCUUCACAUCAAGUAAUGUGCAUGAACAGAAAUGUAUUAGGCGGCAACUGGUAUUUGGAAUGAGUAAUCUUUCAGAUGUAAAUGGUGAUGUCUGUGAUAAUGUGGAACUAAAUAUUUGCACUGAUAACCCUACAGGAGUAUACCACAACACAAACCAACAGGAUGCUGUUUCAGGUAACUUAGAAAGUCCUGUUGGUAUUAAUGUGAAGAAGACCCAGAAAGGAAGUUCCAAGGAAGCAUGCACUGUACACUAUUACUGGGGCAUUCCCUUCUGUCCUAAGGGUCUAAAUCCAGAUGACUAUACCAAAAUCAUCUUAUGUCAGCUGGAGGUAUAUGAAAAAAGUUUAAAGGAUGCUCAGAGGGAUCUGUUUCAUAAAGCAGAAUGGGGAGAACCUGUGCUCCCAGAACCACCAGAACACAUGAACUGUAAACGGCCUAGAUCUUGUAGAUUAGGAAAAGGAGCCAGCCAAAAGCAAGAGUCCAUAUGUGUAGAAAAAGAGCCAGAGGAAGAUGAAGUAGAGGUUGAUGUGGUAGAACCUGAUGAGUGUGAAAACUUGGACAAGGAGAGAAAUAGAACAGUGGAGCAGGAAAUGGAAGAAGAAAAAAGUGCAAGAGACACACAGACUCAUUCGACUUCUUCAUCUUAUCGUGUUCAGCAUUUUGCUUUGCCGGCAUCACCUCUGCUGUUUAAUACUGAAGAUACAGGAGAACAUGAAAUGACACCAAGUGUAAGAUGUGACAUUAUGGAAGAGAAUUCCAGUCAGCAUAAAGGAAAUGAUGAGACUGAAGAGUCUGAAGUUUGUCCAGAAAGUCUUAUUAGUGAAGAGGCUGAUCCUGUGAUACUGAAAGAAAGCUCAUUAGAAGUACAGGAAGGCCUGGUGCUGGUGAAUGAUGAUGACUAUGGUAACGACAAAGUGGGAAAGUCCACUUUAGGCAACAGGAAUGACAAUAUUGAAUGCCCUAUCUGCAGAAAAAGCUUUCCUCCUCAGCACAUUGAAUUGCAUGCAGCCUAUUGUGAUGGUAUUGAGGAAAUAGUGGAUGUAGAAGAGACAAUUCCAAAAGUGAAGUCUUCAAGACGAAGCAGUAGAAAGCCAGAUUCGCUAAACUACAAAUUCAACAGUUCCUCAGUCAAAACAUCUGAGAAGUGUUUCAUCUGCCAAAGCUGGAUUUCUUUAACUGAGUACAACAGUCAUGUUGAUAAAUGCAUUAUUGGCAGCACAAAAGGAAAAGCCGUGAGCAAAGAAAGACUACUGACUGCUUUGGAACAAACUGAACUUCAGAAUAUAGGAAAUGCAGAUGUGGGUCCAUCACAUUCAUUCUUCAAAGAGAACUGCACAAGUAUCUCCAUCCAUAGUGAUGACGAUGAUGACGAUGGUGAUAAUAAUGAAACAUCUCGACAAACUGCAGACAAAACUGCCUGGUCAUUUACAGUGAGUGACUCUCCAAUCAAAUCAUUUGUUCCUAUCUCUCAAGCCACAGACUGCUUGAUUGACUUUAAACAGCAGUUUACCUCCAAGAGAGGGAAACGAGGAGUGGAUAAAGCUAGAAAAAGGAGGUUUAAAUGAUUUUUUAUUUGCCAGUUUAUCAUUUGAAAAAUAAACUUUUUUUUAGUUUGACAUCAGGACCCUAAGUUUAUUAAAAAUGGCAACCACAGUUAAAAAAAUAGAAUUUUUAUGGUCUGCUGAAUUGUCUAAUCAAAAUCUUUUUUGUGCAUUAAUAUUUCUGUAUUUAAAAUUUUAUAUGGAAAGAUUUCCCUAUAAGUAUGUUUUGAAUCAAAUUAAAUUUGCAGCAAAAACAGUUUGCUCAUUUUUAUUUUCUACAUUUGAAAUGUAAAUGAGUAUCUGACAAUAAAUGACUUUAACACUGUGGUGUUUGUAUUAUAUAAAUGUUUAUAUUCUGAAUAUGAAGUAGCAGCCUUAUUCAUCUGCAAUAAAUUCUUCUGAAGCAUUUUUAUAUAUUU